AUGGCUAGGAAGUCAUGGAGCAAGCAACAUCCCGACUUCCGUACACGCCGACCUCUGGUCGAGCCGUAUAACCUCGGCCGGAUGCAUCCAGAAAAGGAGUGGUGGAAGUUACCACGUAAGGGUUUGAGCCCUCAAACAUACAUGGGAUUUCCCGAUGUAGCUCAUAUCGAAAAGAGAGGUGGAGCGCUAUACGCCCACCUCAUGGACGGACACACUUUGUGCAUGGUUCGUAAUGUCCAAACAAUAUCCACUGUCACGCAGGUCGUUUAUAGGUCUAUAGAAAAGGGGGUGAAGGAUGUCGGAGUAUGGCGCAGUCUUACUCUCCAGGCUCUAAAACUUGCCAUGUCACUGGACCAAUAUCUAGUCUCACUACUAUUCCUAUACUUCUCAAGAAGUAACUGGUAUGACUACAGGUUUGUCGCUACAUUUACUGGGAGGAUACUAGCAACCUUGAGCCAGUUCAAAAUACUGGAGUGUGCUAACGUACUGAUGGCGAUGGAAAACGAAAAGUUCAUGCACGAACGGACAAACGAACUUGUAAUUAGACAUGCUGAAGCGCUCUGUCUCGCCGAUGCUCGGUCAAUACAGGUUGAAGACGCUUUGAAGCUUCUCGCCGUGAUGCGCGGUACAUCGCCAGAAGUAGGUAACAUACUCAUUGCGUUAGGGGAAAUAGUGGAGGUUUCCGAUAUAUCUACAGUAGAAGAGGUCCUGUUGAUAGACGCUCUAGAUGCGACAUGCAAUCUAGCCAACCGUGUUGACAGAUUGUGCGUUAGCAAAUUAUUCGACGAACUCUGUGCCCGGCUUGAAGAUGACUCCAAAUGUGAUCAUUCUAGAAACAUAGCGAUAUUGAAAGCAAUGGCCACUUUUCAAUACCACAGACCCUUCGCAAUAGAACUCAUCCAGGACAGGUCCGUUGCCCUUCAGCCGAUCUUGACACCUUUGCAGGCUGCGUGA